AAGUAACAAAUUAUUACAGGGCAAUACAAAAGACUAGUGCCAUAGAUCACUUUACUUAAUUAGGGCUGUAGGGCCAGUAAAAACCGCAUAAGGCGCAGGUGCACAUAGGCGGACUUUGAACCCUGCUGCAACAUAUGGAAAUCAUAAAGAUCUUCAAACCAGUAAAACUGCUCUGCUGACGCGAAGAUCAAGUUCCUCCGUGGCAGAAAUUGGUGAUAUCAGUGCACUUUUGUUAUCCGCAGAAUCUUUGGGGGAAAUCAGCACUUUGUGACGUAAUGUUGCCUCUCUCCUUAUCGCUGUAGAAGCAACCCUACUAGUUCCCAAAUCGAGCAGCUGCCGGUGUGAAGGUGAAGGAGAAGCAACCUGUAGCCAUGACCACCACGGAGAACGUGUCCACGGAGCGCAAGGCGAAUCCAGUGAAGUCCUUCCUGACCGGCGGAUUCGGUGGUAUCUGCAAUGUGCUCUCUGGCCAUCCACUGGACACCAUCAAGGUGCGCCUGCAAACUAUGCCGCGUCCGGCGCCGGGGGAGCAGCCCUUGUACAGUGGAACCUUUGACUGUGCGGCCAAGACCAUCAAGAAUGAGGGCGUCCGCGGUCUGUACAAAGGUAUGUCCGCACCGUUGACGGGCGUUGCUCCCAUCUUCGCCAUGUGCUUCGCCGGCUACGCGCUGGGCAAGCGGCUGCAGCAGCGCGGCGAGGACGCCAAGCUAACCUACUCGCAAAUCUUCGUGGCCGGCUCCUUCUCCGGCCUGUUCUCCACCCUGAUCAUGGCGCCCGGCGAGCGCAUCAAGGUGCUUCUGCAGACGCAGCAGGGCCAGGGAGGCCAGCGCAAGUACACUGGCAUGAUCGACUGCGCCGGCAAGCUCUACAAGGAGGGUGGACUACGCAGCGUCUUCAAGGGCAGCUGCGCCACAAUGCUCAGGGAUUUGCCCGCCAACGGGCUGUACUUCCUGGUAUACGAAGCUCUGCAGGAUGUGGCCAAGGCGAAGUCUGAGACUGGCCAAAUUAGCACUGCCUCAACGAUUUUCGCCGGUGGAGUGGCCGGCAUGGCCUACUGGAUUCUGGGAAUGCCAGCCGACGUGUUGAAGAGCCGCCUACAAUCGGCUCCCGAAGGCACUUACAAGCACGGUAUCCGCAGUGUCUUCAAGGAUCUGAUUGUCAAGGAUGGACCGCUGGCCCUGUACCGCGGCGUGACGCCCAUUAUGCUCCGUGCCUUCCCCGCCAAUGCUGCCUGUUUCUUUGGCAUUGAGCUGGCUAACAAAUUCUUUAACAUUGUGGCGCCAAAUUUCUAGUUAGUGUAAUAAAGCUAGUGCCUCGCUAACGUGUUUUUAUAUCUUGAACGAAAA